ACUGAAUUAAACAAUUAAAACUGUAAACACGUUCAUGUAGGAUUGAGUAAAAUGAAUAACUUUACUGCAGUCACACCGGAAGUGCUGUUCGGUCUCGCGCAAGGAAACCGGCGCGCCAAAUUUCAAAGCACUUCCUGGGAAGGAAUGAUGAAGUUAUUACCGAGGACCCGAAAAGAGAGAUAAAGCUCCGGGUUGUGUUGGUCUGCCGUCAUAUGUAGGGAUGAAGAGCAUCUAGCUGAGUGUGACUUCACCUUCACCUCCACACAGAUGCUUGCAUUGACACAACAGCCUAAUUAGUUCCUAUUUUUAUAUGCUAGAUAUUUUUUAUAUCAUGUGGCUGUAAAAUUUUUCCAGGGUUAUAUAUUUGAUGAUUAAAGGAAAUCUCCAAUGGAGGGUCGUGAUCCUGCCAGCGGUUCUGUAUAAGCGAUUUACAGGUGGCUGUCAUUUUGGCUUUUAUCCCUCGUGGUCUUGCCAUCAUGUUCCCUGGGAUCCACUCCUGUUUCCAGCUGUUGAGAAUAGGCUCAUCGAGCGCUGUAAACAGCCCCGGCACUGUUUCAGACUCGGUUCAUGACCUGUACACUUUCCGGCCAGCCCUCGCCAACUCUGUGUUCAGGUUGGGCAGGCGGGCGGAGUUGUGCGACGUCACUCUGGAGUCAUCGACCAUUUCACGUAUACAUGCUGAGCUGCACGCUGAAAAACAGAGCGACGCUGCAGGAGAGGAAAGCUGGAAGGUCCAAGUGAGGGACCGAAGCAGCCAUGGUACAUGGGUGAACGAUGUCCGAAUCCAGUCGGGUGUCUUGUUGGAGAUAUUUGAUGGUGACACGCUGACCUUUGGUGGCCAAACAGAGCAAGGGAGCCCAGAGUUCUACUUCCUUUUCCAGAAGGUCAGGGUCAGUCCACAGGACUUUGAUGCCAUUACUGUCCCGAAAGCAAACUCUUUCUCGUCCAAUAUUAAUAACCGGAUUCGAACGAGUCUGGACUGCAAACAGGAUCCCAGCCUGGACAUUUCUAAGCUGUCCAUCAACAAAGCCACGGUCAUUCUAAACUCCAUUGGCAGCCUGAGUAAGAUCAAUGGCAGCUGCUGGACCUUCAAGAGGACUGACAAAACCACCGGCCUAAACUCAGCCGACAUCUCCUCAUUUCAAACUUUGGUUCCACCUUCAACUCCUCCUUCUCUUUCCAAUAAUCGAGAGACUGCAAAGUCCAUUCCACCGUCCUCCAAAAGUCGACGUAAAUCAGCCCACACGGUGCUUUUGGAAGAUGACAGCGUGGAGGACCAUGAUGGUGCCCGGCCCGGGUUAGAGGAAGCAUGGAAAGCCAAAGCUGGCAAGCGACGGCGUCUGUACAAGUCUGAGUCCGAGAUUUUCCAGUCUCCGCUGUCCAAUAUGGAGUUAAGUAUGAGGCCACAGCUAGACACCAGGCCGGUCAUGCACAAGCAGAAUGCAGCCAUUAUCAAUCAGUUGAACAACAGAAAACUCGAGCAUCCUUCUUUUACCCUGAUCCUGAAGCGAGAGAGUGAAAAUCAAGGCCACAACAAAAGUAUGAAUCUGGUGGGGUGCCGACAACAGAAGCGUUGCUCUUCAGCUCCUCGCGGCAGGCGAAGGGCAAACAGCAGUCCUAUAUGUUCUUCACUAGUCGUCGGAGGUGAAAGUUAUCAGCUGGCUACUCCACCCACAAGGCUAGCCAAAGUGGUGAGGGGAAACGGUGCACGCUUCCACGCCACCACCAGCAGACGGCGUGGCAGACCCAGGAAGCAUCCACCUCCCCAGCCUUCCCUUCCGUCUCCCGCUUCCUCCUCCUCAUCAUCAUCCUCUAGCUCCUCCUCCUCCUCAUCUUCAGCAUCGUCGUCUUCAGAGGACGAAGAUGACGAUGAAAAUGAAGAGGAAAUGAGGGCAGUACAGGGCGUAGAGCCAUGUGCUGCGUCGUGUUGUCGUCUGCCCCAGCAGGACACUGUGCAGUGGGUGCAGUGUGACGACUGCGAUGCCUGGUAUCACUUGGACUGCCUUCCAAACGAUCGCAACCGAGCUGCAGUCCUGCUCGAUCCUACCGCUGAAUUCCACUGUGGCUGCUGCUGAGUGGCUUCAUGGUAAUUAACAAGGCUGGUCAGACAAGCAGUGUGCCUUCAAUAUCCAUAUUUAAGCAAUAAAGUCUCUGUUUGAUUUUCUCAUCUACUCAUUUUUAAACAUCAGACCCAGUUGUCAAGGUAACACACUAAGCUUUAGAGCAUUAUGAUCUGAUUCAGACCUGAGUGAGUGAGUCAAUGGGUCACAAUGGGCACAACCUGUCACAAUAGCUAAUGGGUUCCUCAAGUGUUCUCCUAAAAUCAUGGAGGUCCAUCCCGUGCUCUUUUAAAGUCAAUCUAAACAUGUUCAAUAAUCUCCUGGAUAAAUAUGUAUCUGGAUUCAUUUGCAUCUUAUUUUUCCAAAAUGCAAAAGUUGUACAAGACCCAGAUUUUAGUUUGCUUUAGUUUGCCUACCACUUUGCUUUAAUGUUAUUUAUUUGAUAAAUAGAAGUAUAUAUCGAUCAAAAAGCUUUGGUUCAAGGUGAGAGUUUCUGCUCAGCAAAAUUAAGCAGGUAACAAUCAGGUGUAUUUAUUAACACCUCAGUAUGCUAGUGUGCGCACUCCAUGCCAAGACCUUCACCAGUGUUCGGCCCAGUCACUUCAGGUCCUGGAAACUUCUAACUGGCCCUUGUAUAGUUUGGGGUUUCUUUUUAACCCCCUAAAUGAAAGGGAUGGACUUUAACUGUAGGAUCCACCCUACCACAAGGGUACUUGUAUUCUCUGUGCAGUUUACACCUGGCUGCUGGUUCCAGUGAGUAGAUAAAAAAGUACUUAAAGGUAUUUAUAGCAAAAACUACAUCACUCGUUGUUUCAUGGCUCUUGAAGUUCUCUGCAUGGUGUAUGCAUGAGCACAAGACCAUAUCCCGGUGUUCAGUACCACCACCACCACCCCCGGCAGGAAGAAGGGGAGGAACAGAUCUCAUUUCAGACAAGAUGUUGAUUUGUUUACUUCUUUAUAGCACACAGGUUUGUUGGCUAAAAUGUAUAUUUUCCAUUUAAACAAACCUUGGGCAGACUAAUUAACUGUUCAUUAGGUAUUCAUUAAAAACGGCACACUAGUCUGAUCUAUGCUCUAUUCACAGGAUCCUGUCCUUGGUCCAGGAGUCUCUUUACUCCUGCAUAUUCUAGUGUUUUCUCUGCUGCCACUGCACCUGAUUCAGUCUACACUACAAUGUGUAGGACUGAGGGGAUGUUUGGAACCUGAGUGUUAGAACAUAGUGGCAUUGAAUAAAAUAAAACAUUAUAAGCAGUUAUUCACAUUGAGUUGAGCUAUAUUGAGAAUUGUGUAUAAUGAGGACCACAUGAUUUUAGGAGUAUUAGAUGUGAUCCUGGCUGAUAGACUUUUGAGAGCCUCCGACUCCACAGAGCUCAUUGGUCCUACUUCGGUCGGCUCCGUGCUGCCUAGUGGGUCGUGCAGGUAUUUAGUUUUGUCAUGGAUUCGUUAUUUCUUUCUUACACAACCUACAAAAUGAACUCCUGUGGAAAGAAUAAGACAUUUUUGCUAUUCUCGAUCUCAAGUAGAUGUGUUUUAAUGGGAGAGUGAAAAAAUGACCUGUGUAAUAUUGUGGGUCUGAUUUAUCUGAUUAUUUACACUGAAAGUCAGUUCUAUAAAAAUAUACAAAAAAAAAAAUCAUCUAUCUAAAUAUUAUUGUACAUUAAUGCAGGGAAGGAAGUCACACCUUCCCAUAAAUAAACAUUAUUUUCUCAUUUAGAGCACAGUUUAUGUUUCUAAUCACACAAUACCAGCUGGUUGGACAACACUCUGUAAUUAUAUCAUGUACUGAUGACCGUCACUUUCACAUUCACCGUCACUUUCACAUUCACCGUCACUUUCACAUUUCGCAUUCACAUUCAUCCAGCAGAUGAAGCUUCAUGAAGAACCUGGAUAUAAUUAAAGCUGAUUCUGAAGAAAUUCUGAUUCCUUAUUUUAGCGCUACAGGCAGAAAGAGUGUUUGGCAGCUCAGACGUUUGUGUAAGAUGAGUAUAAAUGAGUAGACUGAAGGUCUAAAUGGUGAACACUGCAGCACCAACCUCAGAUCACACACAAAGAACAUGGUGUUGAUAUUACGUAGAAGAAACCUUUUGUGGUUAGUGUGUUUUCUUCUUUGUUUCUGUCUCUUAAUAGCAAAAUUUCUUUAGAUAUUAAUGUAAACGUUUUCAGUGUGAGCUCUACUAACUGUUAGCAGGGGCAGGGGUGGACAAAUCAAUAUGAAAUUCAAAUACAUCUUAUCUUUAUCCCACCGCAUCUGAUCGUAUGUUCCAGUUUUUAACUGGACGGAUUAAUUUGCGUGUAAAAAAUGACUGAAGAUCUGUUUCAGGAUCAAGAGCACGCAUGGAUGUGGAUACUGAUGAACACAAGCCAAAGUCUUUAAUAAUAAGUACAUUUUCUCUUCGUCCCUAUUAACACACUUGGCUAGCUCAACGUACCAUUGUGUUAGCGCCCCUCUUUUAACCGUACGACUUUCCUGGGCUAGAUAAUUAAUGUAUGAUUUGCCCGCCCCUGAAGUGGCUAUUUAGAGAAUAGAAGGUGCUGUUGUAUGAAUGUACAUCAUCUUUCACUGUCUUCACUUUAUCGCUUUACCUAAGAUGACUAUAUACAGUUCUUUUACAAAAUUGCUGUUUGUCAUGAGGGAAUCAGGGACUGAAUAAAAACACAUGGAAACAUCCAAA